AAGCAGUGUCCAGAGACCACGUGUGCUCCCAGGUAGCUAAGGGCGGCCGGCCGUGGAUGUUCUCGGCUUUGCGGGUCAUGGCCGGUCCCUUGAAAGGUCGUGGGGCCAGGCCUCUGGACCUGCUCCGGGGCCUGCCCCGUGUGAGUCUGGCUAACUUAAAGCCGAAUCCAGGUUCCAGGAAACCGGUAAAUGGAAAGACGACCAAGAGGUCAGAGAAGAGGUAGAAAAUGUGGCAGAGGCCAUAAAGGAGAACGGCAGAGAGGAACCCGGCCCAGACUGGGCUUUGAGGGAGGCCAGACUCCAUUUUACAUCCGAAUCCCCAAAUAUGGGUUUAAUGAACGACAUAGCUUCAGACGCCAGUAUCAACCUUUAAGUCUCAACAGACUGCAGUAUCUUAUUGAUUUGGGUCGAGUUGAUCCUACUCAACCUAUCGACUUAACCCAGCUUGUUAAUGGGAGAGGUGUGACCAUCCAGCCACUUAAAAGAGAUUAUGGUGUUCAGCUGGUAGAGGAGGGUGCUGACACCUUUAAGGCGAAAGUUAAUAUUGAAGUACAGUUGGCUUCAGAACUAGCCAUUGCUGCAAUUGAAAAAAAUGGUGGUGUUGUUACUACAACCUUCUAUGAUCCAAGAAGUCUGGAAAUUCUAUGCAAACCUGUUCCAUUCUUUCUACGGGGACAACCCAUUCCAAAACGAAUGCUUCCACCUGAAGCCCUGGUCCCAUAUUACACUGAUGCAAAGAACCGUGGUUACCUGGCGGAUCCUGCCAAAUUUCCUGAAGCAAGACUUGAGCUCGCCAAGAAGUAUGGUUAUAUUUUACCUGAUAUCACUAAAGAUGAACUCUUCAAAAUGCUUAGUACUCGAAAGGAUCCAAGGCAGAUUUUCUUUGGUCUUGCUCCUGGAUGGGUGGUGAAUAUGGCAGAUAAGAAAAUCCUAAAACCUACAGAUGAGAAUCUCCUCAAGUAUUAUAGCUCAUGAAUUCCCUUCCAAGAAAGCAAAGUUGUAAACAAGUAUUGGAAAAGGGAAUGAAACAUAUGUAUCUCAUUGCAUUUUCUUAAUUUGUAAUUCUCUAGAUUUUUUUUUUUUGGAUGUUUUCUAUGUAAUCAUCUCCUUUGUAAAAAUUUAAAAAUAAAAAUCUGUAGGAACUGAAUUUAUAGAUUCUGUCUGAAAGAUACAAACUCCCUGGUGGUCUGCCAAAGGAAGAUUAUAACUUUAAAAAUAUUUCUAGUCAAUUUUUUCAUGAUCUUUUCAUCCAGGUCUUAUUGUUGCAAAUCAGAGUGAAUAUGCAAGUGGAAUGGGGUUGAUUUGUAUGCCUGUUCAGUCAAGGUUAGAGCAGUUGCUAGGGAGCUGGUGCCCCCUUCUUCAGUAGCCACAAGGAAGCUCUGCUACCCAGUGUUAAGAUGGUAAGACUUCAACUUGAGAUGAUAAAGAUGUGGGGUGUGAGUUUAAGGUUUAAGACUGGUUUCUAAGUAGUACGAUAUUUUCUAAAAUUGAAACAAAAAUUCCAGGUGAGUUCAUUUUCUCAACUCUGAUGUAUAAACAAUUAUUAUUAAGCUAUUAACAUUUUUUCCCCUGAAGAAAGUGUUCUAAUUCUAAUUAAUAUACAUUUACAUAUUUCAUAUAUUGGAGACAUUUGUCUUUCAGUCAUUUUAAGUGAUGUUGAAAAAAUUGUUUAGUGAGUACAUAAGCCAUAAAAACAAUUGUGAAAAUUAAUGUAAAAAAUUCAGCAGUUAGUAAGCUUACUUAGCUUUGCAAAGAUCUGUUGUAUCUAAACUGUAAGGAGGCUCAAUUUAUCUUGAUGUAAUUAAAUCUUGAAUAAUUCAUGAUAAUUUUUCCACAGUAGAAAUAAAGUGAUUCCAGCUAUGUAUUUUUUAAAAAUAAAAAAAUUUAAAAGCCUAAA